AUGCAUCUCUACAAUCUCACGCUUGAGCCGGCUACGGCAGCCUCUCAGGCCAUUGUAGGGAACUUUUCUGGGGCAAGGCAGCAGGAAAUCAUCGUCUCCAAUGGCACACGCUUAGAGUUGCUGCGUCCCGACGUGCAGACAGGAAAAGUGGGGACUGUUAUUGCCAGCGAUGUUUUUGGUUCUAUUCGAUCGCUCGCUGCGUUCAGGCUGACUGGCGGAACUAAGGACUACGCAAUAGUAGGAUCCGACUCGGGCAGGAUUGUGAUUUUAGACUACGAUCCGAAGACGAGCAGUUUCGUUAAGGUGCACCAGGAGACGUAUGGAAAGUCAGGCGCGAGGAGGAUCGUCCCUGGGCAGUACUUGGCGACAGAUCCCAAAGGCAGAAGCGUCAUGGUCGCGGCAAUGGAAAAGGCGAAACUGGUCUAUAUUCUGAACAGGGAUGUCGCAGCCAACCUGACCAUCUCUUCGCCACUGGAAGCCCACAAAAACGCGGCUAUCAUCCAUCAUAUAGUUGGGCUGGACGUUGGGUUUGAGAACCCAAUGUUUGCUGCGCUCGAGGUGGAUUACACUGAAUCUGACCAAGACCCAACCGGGGAAGCAUUCAAUAACGCUGAUAAGGUUCUCACUUACUACGAGCUCGAUUUGGGACUCAACCACGUUGUCCGAAAAUGGAGCGAGCCUACGGAUCCUAGGGCGAACCUGCUUGUACAAGUUCCUGGUGGUCAACUCGCUUCCUCCGAUCGUUAUGACGGUCCUUCAGGCGUGCUCAUAUGCUGCGAGGAUCACAUCAUUUACCGGCACGUUGAUGUACCACAACAUCGUGUUCCUAUACCGCGGAGAAAGCACCCACUAGAAGAUACAGAGCGAGGUCUGAUCAUCACAUCCGCGGUCAUGCAUAAGAUGAAGGGCGCAUUUUUCUUCCUUCUGCAAAGUGAAGAAGGCGAUCUGUAUAAGGUCACUAUUGAACAUGAGGAUGAAGAGGUGAAGGCACUUAAAAUCAAGUAUUUCGAUACAGUACCUAUUGCAUCCAGUCUGUGUAUCUUAAAAUCUGGAUUCCUUUUCGUGGCGUCUGAGUUUGGUAAUCACCAGCUAUAUCAAUUUCAAAAGCUUGGAGACGAUGACAAUGAGCCCGAGUUUAGCUCGACUGACUACCCUUCAUUUGGCAUGGCGGAUUUGGCCCAGGCUCUCCCUCGCGCGUAUUUCCGACCUCGACCUUUGGACAAUCUUGCGCUCGCUGACGAGAUGGAGUCAUUGAACCCAAUUUUGGACUCCAAAGUUAUGAACUUACUGCCCAACUCCGACACCCCCCAAAUUUUCACUGCAUGCGGCCGCGGCGCUCGUAGCACCUUCCGCACUCUACGUCAUGGUCUAGAAGUGGAGGAGACCGUCAGCUCUGACUUGCCUGGUAUCCCCAAUGCUGUAUGGACGACCAAAGUGAAGGAAGAUGAUGCCUUCGACUCCUAUAUCAUCCUGUCCUUCGUCAAUGGUACGCUCGUAUUGUCUAUCGGUGAGACUAUCGAGGAAGUGCAAGACACAGGUUUCCUCUCAUCUGCCCCCACCCUUGCUGUACAGCAGAUCGGUGCGGACGCAUUGCUUCAAGUGCAUCCACAUGGUAUUCGACACGUUCUUGCUGACCGGCGCGUUAACGAAUGGAGAGUCCCGCAAGAUAAGAUCAUCGUUGCGGCAACGACGAACAAACGUCAAGUCGUUGUCGCGCUGAGUUCGGCGGAGCUCGUAUACUUCGAGUUGGAUCUGGAUGGGCAAUUGAACGAGUAUCAGGAUCGGAAGGCUAUGGGAAGUACUGUCCUUGCACUAAGUAUCGGGGAGGUUCCACUGGGCAGACAGAGAACACCAUACCUGGCAGUAGGCUGUGAAGAUCAGACCGUUCGCAUCAUCUCCCUCGAUCCAGAAAGCACUCUGGAGACGAUCAGCUUACAAGCGCUCACCGCGCCGCCAUCUGCAAUCUGCAUCGCCGACAUGCUUGAUGCUGGUAUCAACAAAAGUCAGCCGACAAUGUUCGUCAAUAUCGGUCUUCAAAACGGCGUCUUGCUACGGACUGUGUUGGAUCCUGUUAAUGGGCAACUUACAGAUACACGUACAAGAUUUCUUGGUACUCGACCCGUCCGCCUCAUUCGCGUACAGAUACAGCAUCAACCAGCAAUCCUGGCCCUCUCUUCACGAACAUGGCUUAAUUACACCCAUCAAAAUCUGAUGCACUUCACUCCGCUUAUCUUCGAGAAUUUGGAUUAUGCGUGGAGCUUCUCUGCCGAACUUUGCCCCGAGGGUCUGAUCGGCAUCACGGGUAGCGUCCUUCGUAUCUUUCAAAUUCCUAAGCUAGGAACAAAGUUGAAGCAAGACGCCUUACCAUUGUCAUACACCCCGCGCAAAUUUAUUUCCCACCCCCAUAACGGGUAUUUCUACCUCAUAGAAGCAGACCAUCGCGUCAUGAGUGAAGAGGCGAUUGCGAAGAAAACAAUAGAGAUGCGAUCACGAGGUGAGAUGGUCGACGAGGAAGUCCUCGAGCUAUCUCCAGCAGUGUUUGGACGUGCAAAGGCACCCGCUGGUACAUGGGCUUCUUGCAUACGUAUCAUCGACCCUGUCGAGAGCAAAACUGUUGCAGUCAUUACUCUCGACAAUAACGAAGCGGCGUUUUCUUUGGCGGUGGUCCCAUUCGCAGCACGGCAAAACGAACUUCAUCUCGUUGUCGGUACCGCCCAAGACACCUUCUUGGCUCCUCGUUCAUGUACAAGUGGAUUCCUGCGAACAUACAAGUUUAUUGCCGAUGGGGCGGGACUCGAGCUUCUUCAUAAGGCGAGAAAUGAUGUCCCCCUUGCCUUACUAGCCUUUCAGGGAAGACUGGUGGCUGGCAUAGGCAAGUCCCUCAGGAUUUACGAUAUAGGAAAGAAGAAACUGCUUCGUAAAGUUGAGAACAAAAGCUUCUCGUCAGCCAUCAUCAGCCUGAACACUCAAGGAUCGCGCAUCAUCGUUGGCGACAUGCAAGAAUCCAUCACAUUCGCCGUGUACAAGUCGCCAGAAAACCGGCUGCUUGUCUUUGCUGACGACACGCAAGCACGAUGGGUCACCUGUUCAACAAUGGUUGACUACACCACUAUCGCUGCAGGUGAUCGAUUUGGCAACAUUUUCGUCAACCGGCUGGAUAUCAAGGUGUCCGACCAAGUAGAUGAUGAUCCAACCGGGGCCGGUAUCCUUCACGAAAAGGGUCUCCUCAUGGGUGCACCUCACAAGACAUCCAUGUUAGCCCAUUUUCACGUUGGGGAUUUGGUUACAUCGAUACAUAAAGUAUCGUUGGUCGCGGGUGGCCGUGAGGUGCUGCUGUAUACCGGCAUACACGGCACUAUCGGCAUUUUGGUACCUUUGGUGUCGAAGGAAGAUGUCGACUUCAUCUCGACGCUGGAGCAGCACAUCCGGACAGAACAGAAUAGCCUGGUAGGUAGAGAUCAUCUUGCUUGGAGAGGGUACUACGUUCCAGUGAAGGCGGUCGUGGAUGGUGAUCUCUGUGAGACGUUCGCGCGUCUGCCGGCCUCAAAGCAGAGCGCGAUUGCUGGAGAGCUGGACCGAACCGUGAGCGAGGUAUUGAAGAAGUUGGAACAGCUGCGGGUCACCGCCAGUGGGUUCUGAAGGGGUAUCUUUGUUGCUACAGUAUGUGUGUUCAGAGUGUGUAUGUUACGGACUGAGUGUAAAUUUGUUUGAGACCUCAGAGCUUUC